AUGGCAAUUCUAAGUAAAUAUGAUGGCAUGGAUAUUAGUCAAUUAUCGAAAAGGGAACAGAGGCUAAUAAAUAAACAUAGAAAGAGGGUGAAGCUGUUUGAAAAGAUGCAUCCGAAUGCUCGCGAUGAACUAAUGUCAGAUAAUGGUCACGGCUCGAACAUAAAAUGUGCUGCCACCAUUAAACAGAGAAGGCUCAGUAGUAUUUGUAACAACUCGGAGUUACAAGUUGCUAUUAUCGAUAAAUCAAAUCCCCAUGGAAGAAUUAGCAAUGAAAAAUGGUUCAACCUCGAGGAAAUGCUCAUUAAAGAAAUGAUUUCCAAUAAGUGGUCUGAAAAAGGUAUAUCAUUUGAAGGUGCAAAUUGGUCAAGAGGUAUAAAAAUAAUUAAAUGUGGCAAUAGCCAAUCACUGGAAUUCUUAAAAGCUAACAUUUCUAAAGUUUGCCAAUUUGGACAAUAUAAUCAAAUAGAGAUCAUACCCUAUUCCAAUUUGCCACCACGUAUAUUUGCUAAAAUGUGGAUUCCACCACCGGUACCACCAACUGAUGCCAUUCUCACCUUAAUUGAAAAACAAAACCAAGGUAUUGACACAACAAAUUGGAAAAUACUUAGUUGCAAACCAUCCAAAAAAAGCUUUGGUACUGAUUAUCGUAUGUUUAUUGAUGUCAAUUCCUCGAAAGUUUUACAAGAAUGUCAAGGUCGCAUCAAAUAUGGUUUGAAUUUUAUUAGAAUUAUUGUAGCAAAUAAACUAUAA